ACACCACUGACACCCCCAGACCUGUGUCCUCAAGUGGAUACCACGUCCACCGCCACCCCUCUGUCCAAGUAUACCACGUCCACUGCCACCCCUCUGGUCCAAGUAUAUCACCCACGUCCACCGUCACCCCUCUGUCCAAGUAUACCACGUCCACCGCCACCCCUCUGUCCAAGUAUACACGUCCACCGCCACCCCUCUGUCCAAGUAUACCACGUCCACAGCCACCCCUCUGUCCAAGUAUACCACGUCCACCACCACCCCUCUGUCCAAGUAUACCACAUCCACCACCACCCCUCUGUCCAAGUAUACCACAUCCACCCCACCCCUCUGUCCAAGUAUACCACAUCCACUGCCACCCUCUGUCCAAGUAUACCACGUCCACCUCCACCCCUCUGUCCAAGUAUAACCACGUCCACUUCCACCCCUCUGUCCAAUACCUACCGUGUCCACCUCACCCCUCUGUCCAAGUAUACCCCGUGUCCACCUCCACCCCCAAACUGUCCAAGUAUACCACGUCCACCUCCACCCCUCUGUCCAAGUAUACCACGUCCACCUCCACCCCUCUGUCCAAGUAUACCACAUCCACCGCCACCCCCUCUGUCCAUGUAUAACCACGUCCACCUCCACCCCUCUGUCCAAGUAUACCACGUCCACCGCCACCCCUCUGUCCAAGUAUAUACCGCGUCCACCUCCACCCCUCUGUCCAAGUAUACCCGCGUCCACCGCCACCCUCUGUCCAAGUAUACCAUGUCCACCGCCACCCCUGUGUCCAAGUAUACCACAUCCACCGCCACCCCUCUGUCCAAGGAUUUGCUCACCUCCAAUCUAACCUGUUUCAUGAUGGUUUAAUCCCAGCUCACCUCUACAUGUUGUCUACAGUAAACAUUUAAGCUUCCACUGAUUACAGAAUACUAAUACUGAGAGUCCUGACCCUUAUAACUAUAUAAC